AUGCGCAAUGGCACCUUCGUCAUCCCUGCCACGGGCGAGCGGUCACGGCGCCAAUUUACUCUCCGCGCGCCCCGAAGCCGAUCACAUUGCAAUGGAGCCGAGCGACGCCCUCCGGCUGCGUCUGGGAUCUCGGUCGGACAGCGUAUCCGGGCGGCCUCGAGGUUUGCUCGGACAAAGGCCCUGGCGGCGUGGGCGUGGCUCCAGACUGACGAUGGUCGACAGGUGCUCAAGUGCACGCUGGCAUAUCUCUUGGGCACCACGGCCACGUUCUGGCCGCCGCUGUCCAACUUCUUGGGCCGCCGAGAUGGCAAGCACAUUGCGGCGACUUUGACGGUGUACUUCCACCCGGCUCGCACCGCCGGGUCCAUGCUGGAAGCUGUCGUGAUUGCAAUUGUGGCCGUGUUAUACGCUGAGCUGGUCUGCGUGCUGUCAAUGGGCAUAGCCAUGGCCUCUCGCGCAGUCUCGGGAUCGGCGACUCCCGCACACGCCCUUGUCCUGGUCGUCUGCAUUGGCGGCGGUCUUGGAUUAGUCGGUUGGACCAAGCAACGAUUAAACCAGCCCCUUGUGAAUACCGCGUCUACCUUGGCGUCCAUGGCCAUUAUAUCCGUCAUAACAAAGGAGGAAUCUGUUGCCAACGGCUAUUUCUCUGCAGGCAAGAUUGUCCAGAUGUUCAAGUUGCUCCUGCUUGGCAUCUCCUUCACCGUCGCUGUUAACCUUCUGGUGUGGCGCGUGUCGGCCAGAAAGGUGCUGCGCCAGUCUGUUCGCACCGCAGCUGUAGCAUUGAGCGACCGCUUGUCCUUCAUCACCAGCGGGUUCUUGAAUGGCUCGGAGGACGAGGUCAGUUCUCCCGAGUAUACUCAGGCAUCUGCCCAGUAUAACUCGGCGUAUGCCCAAAUAAUGACAACUCUUCGAGAGGCCAAGAUCGAGCAGUAUGUCCUUGGCAGGGAGAAGAUAUACUCCUUGGACAAGCGUCUCAUCAAGUCGUUGGAAACGCUGUCACAGGCGAUCGGGGGUUUGCGUAGUGCGCUUCAGACACAGCUGACGCUUCUCAACGAGGGACCCAGCUCUGGUAUGCCGCCGCCGCCGAGCUUCUUAUCCCCUGAACCGUCCGGCAUGUCUCGAAGUGUUUCGUACUUUUCUGAUGAUGCGAGAGAUCGGCUGUCUGUCAUUGAAGAGGACGAAUUCGAACGUCGUUCGGCCCUCAACAGCCAUUCGGACCCUACCUUGGACAAGUCGCCCAUUUUUCGCGUCCCGUCCGACAUAUUUGCACUGUUUUUGGCCCUCUUGGGUCCUUCCAUGAAAUCUUUGGCAUACACUCUCUCCGAGACGCUGAAAGAGAAUCCCUUUGGCAGACACCCGGAGCAGCAAGUGGCUGUCAACGACCACUUGCGCGCGAGCCUCCAUGAUGCGCUGGAUCUGUACAAUACUGCUAGGGGCAAGGCUCUUCGCCAGCUAUAUCGCAGCAUCGAGCUCGGAAGAUCGCGGUCCGAGGACAUCCAAGCCGAUAUCGAAGAGGUUGCCGCUGCUUGCGGCCACUUUUCCUUUUGCUUGCAGGCUGUAGCAGAGGAGAUGGACGCUUACCUCGACGUUCUCGAAUCAUUGGAGCGCUCGACAGAAAGUCCAGAUCGCAGCUGGAAGUGGCUGAGGUUCUGGAGGCACUGGAAGGUAUUCCAGCGUCGCAGCGAUCUCGAUGCCGAGCAACAGCCCCUGCUGGCCUCGAAGCCGAAGCCCAUUCGGACAAAGUCGCCUACCCCAGGUGAUCUGCCCAAAGCCAUGUUACAGAAGAGAGACUCAUUCCACUGGGAUGCUGCGCCGCAUAAGACGAGCAUCCUUGUGCGCAGAUUCUCCCAAGCUCUACUCGGGUUUCUUCGAAUCCUUACCCGUGAGGAUGUGCUAUUCGGAAUCAAGGUCGGCAUCGGUGCCGUCCUAUGGGCCAUGCUUGCCUUUAUCCCAGCCACGAGGCCGGUAUAUCAACACUGGAGAGGUGAAUGGGGCCUGCUGUCCUACAUGAUUGUUGUUGGCAUGACCACCGGUGCUUCGAACACAACGGGAAGCGCUCGAUUCAUUGGCACACUGAUUGGGGGCGCCUGUGCUUGCCUCGCAUGGCUGUCGAGCAUGUCCAACCCCUGGCUUCUCGAACUUUGCACUGCCAUUGUGGCGCUGGGAAACUUCUAUGUGAUCCUGGUGUUGAAGAAGGCCCCUCUGGGGAGAAUUUCGCUGCUGGCGUACAAUGUCAUUGUCUUGUAUGCUUACAGCCUGACGCAGAACGUUGAUGACGACGAUGAUGACGAGGGCGGAAUUGAUCCUCUCAUCUUUGAGAUUACAUACCACCGUGUAGUGAAGAAGUUUAGAGAGGGACUCUCGGUAUUGUAUCUGCAGCUUGGACUCAUUUGGAAGCGCGGACCUUUGGCCCCUUUACUGGAAGAGAACCGUGGUGGCCUGGAAUUUCUGAAAGAGGGGGAGCAGACAGCCCUCCGACGAUAUGUUUACAAGUUGGAGUCAUUGCGAGAGUCUGCCAAAUCCGAGUUUGAGCUUCGCGGGCCGUUCCCCAACGCUGCCUACGGCCGAAUCAUGCACUCAACCAAGCAUAUUCUGGACGGCAUGUAUGCCAUGCGGCUCAUCACGCAACGCCGGGACACACUCUCCGAGGGCGAGAGUGCCCUAUUGGAAAUCACGGCUGCGGAAAGGAUGCAGCUUUGCCAACGCAUCUGCCACGUUUUCCAGGUCCUUGCCUCCUGCGUCAUGCUAGAGUAUCCUCUCACGGACGCCAUCCCUACAAUCGACCGCACCAGAGACCGGCUGUUGAACAAGAUAUAUCAGUACCGCAAGGAACACAUGGAGAUGAACCUCAGGAACGACGAGGAUGCCGUGCAGGCCGUGACACAAGAGCGAGACUACGCUCUGCUUUAUGCGUAUACCCUUGUCACGGCGCAGGUGGCUGCCGAGCUGAAGAAGAUCAAGAAGGAGAUUGAGGGCUUGUUUGGAGUGCUGCGCCAUGAUGAACUGCUUUUGGAGUAA